CUUUUAACGUCACAAAUGUCAGAUGACCAUAAAGAAUUUCAAAAAACGAUAUCAAGAUACGAAAAAGUAAUAGACAAGAAAUGGAAACAGGAUAUUACAAUCGCCAGCAAUCCUGACGCAUUUGUUGAUAAGGAACAAGUUCUUCAAAGAACCAUAGCAUUACAUUUUAUACGCCAAGGCAAAUUUAAAUUAGUGAAUACUUUCAUGCAAGAUACGCAAUUAAUGGACAUCACUAUCGAUUUACAAGAACAAUUUGAUAAUAUGUACAAAAUUUUGGAUGCUAUUGAUAAUUUCAAUUUACGUCCAGCUCUAGAGUGGGCAAAAUCAAAACGCAAAGAAUUAGAACAGAGGGGUAGCUCGUUGGAGUUUGAUCUUCAUCGCCUUCACUACAUUAAAUAUCUUGUUAAACAGAAAAACAAAGACGAAGCUUUAAAAUAUGCCAGACUAAAUUUCAAUUAUUUUCAAACGAGACACAUGCACGAAAUUAGACGGCUUAUGACUGCUAUAUUGUACAUUCACCGCUUAGAAUCAUCUCCUUAUGCGGAUUUAACGUCAAAUGAUGCAUGGACUGAUAUUAAAAUAACAUUCACGCGUGAUUUUUGCAAUCUGUUGAAAAUGUCGUGUGAUAGUCCUUUAUAUACAAGUUUAACAGUUGGUUCGACUGCAUUACCUACGAUCAUCAAAAUGGCGACCAUUAUGAAGGAAAAGAAGAAUGAAUGGAAUGAUAUGAGAUUCCAUUCUAUUUUUGCUUGUCCUGUAUCGAAAGAGCAAUCGUCAGAAGACAAUCCUCCUAUGAUGAUGCCAUGCGGACAUGUGAUAUGUAAAGAGAGUUUGAAUAAGUUGAGUAAGGGAAACGGUCGGUUUAAAUGUCCAUAUUGUCCAAGUGAGUCUACAUCAAAUCAGGCUGUGAAGAUUGUUAAUGUAAAUGUUCACAGAAGAAAAUUUCUUGAGAUCACGAGUCAGGCUAUUGUCAG